AUGAGUCCCGAGAUCGUCGACCUCUCUUGCGACUCUGAGUCGGGAGGGCUUUUUGAUCACUACCCUCACAAGAGCCUUCUAUCACCUUCGACCCCCCCACCUCUUACUUCGGAUUCAUACGAGAUGGAUGACUGGCCAGAAUACAAACCCGAGAUGCCUCACCAAGGCUCUCAGGUCAAUUCCACUCGGCCUUGUCUCUCCAUGGUCAUCAUCGACGAUGAUUCGACCACAGAAGAAACCCAAUCUUCGCCCGCUUCAGCCGCAGAUGGAUGGGAAUGGAUCGAGUGUGGCCAGGGUCGAAUCGAGCAAGGGCAACCGGCUAAGACAGAUCUAUAUCUCAAGGAUGUGGCCCGCCUUCGCCACCUUUUUGACCCUGAGGAUUCUAGUACUUCCUCAGAAUCUACGACCAUAGACAACUUGUCAUCUCAGUCUAUGACUGAUGAUGUCUCUGGCAUCUCACCAACGAACCCAAUUGACCUAUCAGAUACUGAGGACGAUCUGUGUGCCCUCCAUAGUCAACUUGGACGUCAUGUCUCUAUCGUGCAGGAUCCACGAAGGCGGUUUGCAACCCCACGAGUAACCCUUGCUGGCGAAAUCGACGAAGUCGAGCUGAAUGGUGAGAUCCUCCGUCCAUCAGCAACAGUUCGGCUUGUGAAUGGGUCGUACUUGCGCAUUGAGUGGAUCACUCUGCAGAGCCACCUACCCGUGUCUCCGAUGGAAGUGGCAGGCCUCUGCGAAGUGAUUUUCACCAACGAGCGCCGGGGAAAGAACGCAAAGCAUCCACCUGAUGCUGGGCUGUUCUGUCGGUUGAAGACGACCGCUAGGAAGCGACCAAGGAUUUCUCCGAAUCGUUUCCGUGGACUCCAGACCAGCAGCAUACCAGAAUAUGACACCAGCGUUGAAUACCUCACGCUGGAUGAAUGCGACGAGGGAUACGGAUUCGAGUCAUACGUUCUGCGCGAUCUGUAUCGCGGAUGCCCGACCGUUCCCUUUGGAGAGGGCCAGGUAGGUUAUACCGGCCAUUCCACGGUCACUGAUGAGGACGAGCAGGGGUCUCGGGAUGUUGUCGAUCUCACGGUUGAUCCUACUGCAUAUAUAUUCGGCGAUGCAUACUGUGGUGCCGGUGGAACUUCCUGUGGCGCAAAGCAGGCAGGCUUGCAGCUCAAGUGGGCAUGCGACCUGGAUGUCUGUGCGGCGUUGACUUACACAUUGAAUUUCAACGUUGUAACCGACAAUUGUUCUUUCAAUGAUAUGUUGACCCAUUCGGAGGAGUAUCUCCGAGUCGAUGUCGCCCACUGCUCGCCACCGUGCCAGACCUUCUCGCCAGCACAUACCAUCAAUUGCGAGCGAGAUGACAAUAACUCGGCAUGCAUCUUUAGCGCAGGGAAUCUGAUGGAGCAUGCACACCCGCGUAUCCUCACGAUGGAAGAGACUGCGGGACUCAAGGAACGUUUCCCAGAGAUCUUGAAUCGGGUGAUCAUGGAUAUGAUUGAAGCUGGAUAUUCAGUUCGGUGGGCCGUGAUCGAUGUGCUUCAUUACGGGGUGCCCCAAACUCGCAAGCGACUGAUCAUCAUUGCCGCAGGUCCUGGCGAGACCUUGCCUCCGUUCCCCGAAAUCACUCACGACCUGCCGGGAAGUGGCUGCCUGCCGAUAGUGACCAUCAAUGAUACGAUUACGAAUAUCCCCGAUGAUGCACCGGACCACGAUAUCCGAAACUGGCUCCAACAAUGGGGCAGGCAAUUUCGUGCACCUUUUGAUGGUCGCCAGCCAGCAAAGACAUUGACUUGCAGCGGGGGAGAGGGUAAUUAUCACCCCUCGGGUCUGCGCCGUUUUACCUGCCGAGAGGUCGCAUGCCUGCAAACCUUUCCCAUGGACUUUAAAUUCGCAGACAAGGGAAUCCGCAAGCAGGUUGGAAAUGCGGUGCCGCCAGCCCUGGCGAAGGCGCUAUACACCGAGAUCAUCGCGUCCUUGCGGGAGACUGAUGCACGGGAGCGAGAGGAGAAGCGGGCGCGAGAGCGCGAGCAAGUUAUGGAGGGACGCGAGGGAGGUGGUCUGAUUUGA